AUGGAUGACGCAACGGAUGCAGCUGAUGUAGUCAGUGAUAGUCUGCCGGGCAGCGAAGAAGGUGAGCUGGACAUCGAUCUGGACAUCGAGGGCAGACUGGGCGACUCCAUCAAGAAGGAGCAGCAACAACAGAUUGAAGAGCCAGAAAGCCCUGAAGCCAACAAAACUUCACAAGUGGGCAACGGGGACUCGGCCACGUCCCCGCACAAGAACCUAACUGGCUACCAGUGCAAACUCUGCACCGUCUUACUGUCAUCUCAGGGUGCUCUUGAUGAGCACAUGAACAUUCACAGUGGCUCACGGCCGUACAAGUGUCGUGAGUGUAACUUCAGCUGCUCUCUUCACAACACACUGAUUCAACACCUGGCCGUUCACAGCCACCCGAGGGCUGAUAUGAACAGCCAAUCUUGGGCAGAACAACACGCUCUGUACAACAACCACACGGACAGGCACUCGGAACAUGUACCUUUGCCUCCUCGAAUGCCACUCCCUGAAAACCACACCCCAACGUUACCCUUCUCUGCUGCUGUAGAGCAAGCCCUCAUGCCUUCGGGACUUCCUAGCUUUCCAGAUCAGAGCAAGGUGUUCCAAUGUAAGCUUUGCACGCAUAUAUCUCCUACAAAGACCCAUCUGAAUGAACACAUGAACGUUCAUACCGGAAAGAAGCCCUACAAAUGCUUGGUGUGCGGCUUUAGCAGUGCCUUUCGCAGUAGUCUUAUGCGCCACCUCAUCGUCCAUACGGGAACAAGCAAACAGUUUAAGUGCGAUUCCUGCCACUACCAGACCCCGUACAAGUGUAACCUUCAGGCCCACAGACGUAAGCGUCACAACUCCAAUUCCAUUGACAACAUUGACAUGAACUACCCUCCCAUUUCCUCCUCUAACCAGCCCCCACUGGAGGACAGCCCCCCGUUGCAAUCUCACAGUAAACUGUUCCCUUCCGAGGAACAGGCUCGUUACCUCAUGCAGUCGGAGCUGACCAACUCAACCCACUCAACUCAUCCUUCUCACGAAAACUCAGGAAACAGAAGGCACUCUCUCUCGCCAGAUGACCAUGAUUCUUCAGCCUCUAAUGACACUCAUGACUCUGCAAGAAUCAAUAACUCUCAGGUGUCCUUGUCAAAGGCUAACGAUUUCAACAGGUAUAACUCAGAGGGGUCAGUUGUACCUCAGUCCCCAGAGCCUCCAGUGCUGGAGAAGAACACGCUGGUAGGAGAGGCUGAGACUAAUGAGCGGCCAAAAUCAGGAGAAGGGUUGGAUUACUCCAGCCCUACCAUGACCAAUAAUAUACAGGACAUGAUGGCCAAUACAUCUCAAAGUGCUAUUUCCAUCCUCUCCAAUUCUGUGUCCUCGGCCUCUUCAGCUCUAGGAUUACCCUCUGUUGGGAACUUUGUGAGCAGUAUGAGCACCAACAUGGUCACCAGCAUUCCUAGCACCUCCCCACAACAUCCUCUCAGUGAAAUCUCAGUCAUAACCCCUCUACAGUGGGCUGGUGCUGGCUUCCCCAUCUACAGACGAAAGAAGGAAGGAGGGGCCCGCAAACGAAAGCGUACUCCUAUUCCCAAGCGUAACUACCUCAUAUCACCGAAUGGUGAAGACGUGAACAACUCAUGGGCGGAUAUGAGACCUGAGAUCUCAGAGUAUGUUCGCUCUGGUGGUGAAUCUCAAGCCAGGCAAUACUGCCAGGUUACUCAGGCUUACAGCUUAAAGACAGAGGAGCCUCUGCCUUAUGCAAUGAAACCCAACAGUGUGAAUGGCGUGGAUCUCUCCGUGGGACCCCGAGAUGUGAUCUACCCAGACAUGGAUCCCAUUAGCAACAGCUCGGUGUCUCCAAGCAGCCAGAAUGCUGAUGAGCAGUCGGAGGAGCGUAAUCACGUACCUCAGCACCUGCCAGUCAUGUUGGAGCCACCGUCCCAUAGCAGCCUAGGCUUCAACCAAGCAAGCCAGGCCACCCAGACCGACGUGCAGACGGGUAAUUCUUCAGGUAAGUUAGAUGGGCAGUCUCAGACGGAUCAGGCGACACUGGAUCCCUCUUCUGUUCCUAGUAACCUCCUUAAGUGCCCACACUGUGAGACCUACUUUGCCGACCAUGUUAUCUUCACUCUGCACAUGAGUUGCCAUGGUAGCAGGCAUCCACUUCAGUGUAGCAUAUGCGGGUAUGUUUGUAGGGAUAAAAUUGAAUUCACCUGUCACAUAACUCGCAGUCAACACAUGAGAUGAGUAGAUGACAAAGGAGGAAAAAAACAGGUGUUUUUAUUUGUCUUUUUCAAAGUAACAGGAUGAAAGUUUGUUUUCGAGUUAUUCAGCUAUUACCUCUUGCGGAAUGCGGACCACUUUUAUUGCUGUAAAUCUUGAUGAUAAUGGAUUGUAAGCUUAAACUCAGGGAGUAUGAAAUAUUAAUAUUAAGCUGCCAUUGUCAAGUUUUAUGUGUAAUGUCUUGUAUGUAUGGUGUUGUUUCAAAUAUACAUGGAUGAGAAAUCAAGUAAUUAUUAUUUUUUUUGUAUAAAAAAAAGACGUCUAUAUGUAAAUGCACUUGUUGGCGCGAUAAAUAUAGGAGUAUAUAUAAAAUGAGGCCAGUCAAUGGCAAACAUCUUCAUGUUUGUUUAAACCAACAAUGUUUAAAAGUAUAACAUAGAGGAGUGUGGUACGACUUUUGGACAAUUUUAUAAAGUAGCUCUUUCAUAAACGAUCCGAGAGGUUUGUAAUAUUUUUUACAAAGAAACCCGCAAACAAAGGUUUGGAAGUGUUUGGACGUACAUGAGAUAUUUGUUGAAAAGGAGAUCAAGUGCAGGCCACAACAGUCUUUGUUGACAAAGUUUUAUUAAAAGACAUGAAAGUAUUCGCACUUCAACAGUGAACUUGUAAAUCAUGUUAGCAACUAGGAAAUUAUUGAACUACAGCAACAAACCUCUUUGGGGGGGGGGGGGGAAGGGGUGGUA